CUCCCCAUAUGUAAUUUACAUAAGACAAAUAUCCCUCUUAUGACUACCUAGAUUAUCACCAACAUAGCUCAAAGAAAACAAACGUCCAAAUCACAUCAAAUUACACCAGGUCGUACUAAAUCAAGUACGUCAGGAAUCUGCAACACAUAUCUUAGUCGUACAUUUCAAGCAGACUUUUAUCGCCAUCCUUAUUCACCUGACUAUUACUUAUUUAGUCCCGAUAUAUAGGAAAUCCGAAAGGGAAAGUUUAGCUACAUUACACUUCAUCAGUUCUACUAGGUAUUAGGCAGCUAGCUUGGUCUCCCAAACCAAAAGUUCGUAUAAGGAAACUAUUCGAAAACAUACCCUCCUAGGUUAUAUUAGGUAUUCAACAAGCGAACGUAAUAAAUUUGGCCGUACCACUCAACCUGUAACAUGGCUAUCAAAACUCGAUUCCUCAUACUUUCAGAUACACAUGGGGAAAAUAUACCCAAUAUACAGCAUAUACCCGCAGAUAUAGCCAUCCACUGUGGUGACCUUACCGAUGAAUCCAAAAUAGAGGAGUUUAAAACAACGAUUAAACUUCUGAAAAGUAUCGACGCGCCGUUGAAGCUAGUUAUCGCAGGAAACCACGAUUUUACUCUUGACGUACCACUAUUCAAGAAUAAGAUUGCAGAAAACCCGGAUUUACAGCCCGAAGAUGUGGAAAAAAUCUACGGGGGUUUCGGAGAGAUACACCAGCUUUUUGAGGAUGCGAGAAGUGCCGGGGUGGUCUUUCUGAAGGAAGGUAUAUACCACUUCGAAUUAGCCAACGGAGCCAAGCUAAAAGUUUACGCCAGUCCCUUUACACCAUCGUUAAGCAACUGGGGAUUUCAAUACAACCCUGAGGAGGGACAUGACUUUGGUAUCGACAAAGAGAUAGGGGUUGACAUAGUAGUAACACACGGCCCUCCUCACGGAAUAAUGGAUUUUACCAACUCACGACAAAGGGUAGGAUGCCCCCAACUUUUCGGUGCUAUUGCUCAGGCUCGACCAAAGUUCCAUUGCUUCGGCCAUAACCACGAAGGAUGGGGAGCAAAGCUGGUCACAUGGAGAAAAGAGGUGAGCGAGGUCCCAUCUCAUUUCGCGGACAUCGACAACGAACAAUCGACAGUAAUUCAGAAGCUAUCUAAUCUGAGCAAAUCGAAAUUCGACACGCCCGAGACGGCGGAGGAAAAAUCAAAGAAGAGAGCUCGCCUUGGUCGUGAAGGAUAUAUCAAAACGAGCCAUUGCACUGGUGACCAGAACCACCUCCAAGCUGGUUCGCAGACUCUUUUUGUGAAUGCGGCAAUUGAAGGGGUCACCGAAGAUUAUCCAAUGCAACUGCCUUGGUUGGUCGACCUCGAGAUGCCAGAGUCAUUUUGAAUUUUGUAUGAGCAAUGAAUGUAAGGGCAGAUGGCGGGAGGGAGGAGGGGGUUAACACCGCCAUUGGGCUUAUAGGAGGAACUGAAAAAGGAUGAGUCGAAAUAUGAGGUACCUAAUAAAAAUCAAUACCAUGAUAUUCAGACUAAUUAUUGUUAUAAUAUAAAAUGUUGUGAAGCGAUGUAUAAGUUAGUUUUGGCUGCAGAGCUAUCCCUGGAUAACGGGCAGUAAUUAGGCUAGUGUACCAGAUUUUAAGCACUAAUAAGAAAUUAUUCCAACCCUUGCUACAUGCUAAAAAGAGGAAAAGGAAUAAUAAAACUUUAUGAAAGGUAGUUUACGUAGUUACGUACGAAGCAGACAGCACUACUAUGUACCUAGG